AUGACUCGCAUUGCUUCGAUAUACGAAUUCUCGUCGUUCGGUGUGAGAGGCGAAGUGAUCACCGAAAACAGCCUCCAAGCUCAUACAUUCCGGUCGCGAGAUUCCCAUUACAUGCACGAUACUGUAGGGCCUAUAUUGCUGAAGGGUAUUGUUCUUACUCCACAUAUUCCGAUGAAGUGUCAUCCUCGCUGGCCGCGUCCGGUGCAAAUGUUGUCAAUUGCCGCGAAAGUUCGAGGCCGUGGAAGGCUUGCCCUAUCCUGAAAGCAACAGGGCCUUUCGAGGACUCUCUCGUCAUCCUUUAAGGCGCAUAUGAAUAAUGAAUUUCUUGAUUGGAGAAGAAAGAAGGAUAGCAAGCAACUUAUAUAUGUGUUACCUCUUAGUCAUUCAUGGAC